ACAGACGAAACUGCAGCUCCAGCCAGCAGAGCGCGCAGCGAAGGGCGCACGGAGCUCGCUGUCAGCACGACCAGCCUCUCUAACCCUCAGCAGGAGCCGAGCUUGCUAGUAGGAGCUGCGACCGCAGCCACCAUAGCACCAGCCCCUGCCCGGCCCGGGCGGGCGGGAGCGCUCAGGGCGGGCGGGCAGCGGCCAACAGCUGCUGCUCAGAACCCGCUUACGCCUAGUGUCCGUUCUCCAGCCACUGCCUCCUCCUGUGCACGGUUGUUAGCGGUGCUGGAGGGCAGCUGAGAGUGAGAAGGGGUGAAGGAGAAACCGGCAAGUAAGGUGACAAAGCUACUCAACUGGAAAGUUCCCGGUCACUGGGCAAAAUGGGAAAUGGCUCUGUGAAACCCAAACAGUCCAAGAUUCCAGAUGGCCAUGCUGGGAAAUUGUCAGGCACAAUUGAUGCUCUUCGGAGCAAAGUGACAGAAUUGGAAAGGGAGCUAAAGAAGAAGGAUGAUGAGCUACAGCAGAGGGAGUACCAUCUGAGGGAGCUGCAGGAAAAGCUCUCCAAGCAGACAAUCGCUCUUGCGGAGAUCACUGAGGAACUCCAAAACAAGUGUAUCCAGCUAAACAAGCUUCAAGAUGUAGUUAACAUUCAGGGAGGAAACUCACUUCUAUUUUCUCCAUACAAAGUGCCUCUUCAGGUCAACCGAAGGACCUCAGGCUUAGUCUCUCUCCACAGCAGGAGAGGUGCCAAGGAAGGAGUAUCUGCUGAACCAACUACCAGGACCUUUGCAGAAUUUUCAUUUGAGAAAGCAAGAGUCAGGAAGGACUCAAGUGAUAAGAAGCUCAUCACAGAUGCCCUGAAUAAAAAUCAGUUUUUGAAGAGACUGGACCCUCAGCAGAUCAAAGACAUGGUGGAAUGUAUGUAUGGAAGAAACUACCCACAAGGCAGUUAUAUCAUUAAACAAGGAGAACCAGGAAAUCAUAUUUUUGUAUUGGCAGAGGGAAGAUUAGAAGUAUUCCAAGGGAACAAGCUUCUGUCAUCAAUUCCUAUGUGGACAACAUUUGGAGAACUAGCCAUAUUAUACAACUGUACAAGGACAGCUUCAGUAAAAGCUAUCUCCAAUGUGAAAACGUGGGCACUAGAUAGAGAAGUAUUCCAGAAUAUUAUGAGAAGAACAGCUCAAGCUCGGGAUGAACAGUACAGACAGUUCCUUAGGAGCGUAUGUUUGCUGAAGAACUUACCUGAAGAUAAACUAACCAAAAUCAUUGACUGCUUGGAAGUGGAAUACUAUGACAAAGGAGAUUAUAUCAUCAGAGAAGGGGAGGAAGGAAGCACCUUUUUCAUUUUAGCAAAAGGAGUGGUAAAAGUUACUCAGAGUACAGAAGGGUAUGAUCAACCUCAGUUGAUUAAAACACUGAAAAAAGGUGAUUACUUUGGAGAAAAGGCUCUCAUCAGUGAUGAUGUCAGGUCAGCUAAUAUCAUUGCAGAAGAAAAUGAUGUGGCAUGCCUGGUUAUUGAUCGCGAAACAUUCAGUCAAACAGUUGGAACCUUUGAGGAGCUCCAAAAGUAUCUUGAGGGAUAUGUGGCGAACUUGAACCGUGAUGAUGAAAAAAGGCAUGCCAAGAGAUCUAUGUCUGGCUGGAGGCAAACCAAAGCCCUGUCUCUGGAGAUGAUUCAACUAAAGGAGAAAGUGGCCAAAUUUUCUUCUUCGUCCCCAUUCCAGAACCUUGAGAUUGUCACCACACUGGGUGUCGGUGGGUUCGGAAGAGUUGAACUUGUAAAAGUAAAAAAUGAGAAUGUGGCAUUUGCUAUGAAGUGUAUAAGGAAGAAGCACAUUGUUGAUACUAAGCAACAGGAACAUAUCUAUUCAGAAAAGAAGAUUCUGGAAGAGAUGUGCUCUCCAUUUAUUGUUAAGUUUUAUCGUACUUUCAAGGACAGAAAAUAUGUGUAUAUGCUCUUGGAGGCCUGCUUAGGUGGAGAAUUGUGGAGUAUCCUAAGGGACAGGGGCAGCUUUGAUGAGCCCACUUCUAAGUUCUGUGUUGCCUGUGUGACAGAAGCAUUUGAUUAUUUGCAUCGCCUGGGUAUUAUCUACAGGGAUUUAAAGCCAGAGAAUUUAAUUCUAGAUGCGGAGGGAUACCUUAAGCUGGUUGAUUUUGGAUUUGCUAAGAAGAUCGGAUCUGGACAGAAAACUUGGACAUUCUGCGGGACCCCCGAGUAUGUAGCUCCCGAAGUCAUUCUCAACAAAGGGCAUGACUUCAGUGUGGACUUUUGGUCACUAGGAAUUCUAGUCUAUGAGCUGCUGACUGGCAAUCCUCCAUUUUCUGGGAUUGACCAAAUGAUGACUUAUAAUUUAAUUCUCAAAGGAAUUGAGAAAAUCGAUUUUCCUAAGAAGAUAACAAGACGCCCUGAAGAUUUGAUUCGGCGACUUUGCAGGCAAAAUCCUACAGAAAGGCUGGGAAACCUGAAAAAUGGAAUCAAUGACAUUAAGAGGCACAGGUGGCUGAAUGGCUUUAACUGGGAGGGGCUGAAGGCAAGGAGCCUGCCAUCACCCUUAAAAAGGGAGCUCAGCGGACCCAUAGAUCACAGCUACUUUGACAACUACCCACCUGAGAAAGGGAUACCACCCGACGAGCUGUCCGGCUGGGAUAAAGACUUCUGAGGAAACAAGGAGGGUUUUCUGCUUGUCGUCCCCCACUGAAGAGCCCCCGCCCGCGCCCAUGCCCUCCAGCCGUCCGAAGCAGAAGUCCGUUCGCGUGGACGUCUUUGGGAGGAGGAGGAGGGCGUCUCUCCCUCUCCCGCACUCGGGCUCCCUGGAAAGGCGUUUGGAUUUCGGGGUCUCGGCGAGAAGCCACUAGCUUCCCGGGUGUCCAACCACAACGCCCUUUCCUUUUUUUGAAUUGUUGACCCCUUGGGGAAGAAGCACAGCCUCCUCUGCCUUCUACCUGCCUUCCCACGUUCCUUGCCUAAGAUUCCUUCACAGCCAGCGGAGACGUCGGCUCCAGUAUGGAAGCCUCUCAGAGCGGUCUCCGCAGCUCCCUAGAAAGGGCGAGUUCUCGGGAACUGCUUACAGAUUCUGUGGGGAGCCUUCUGUCCCUGAAGUCUGAAAUGAGAAUUCCAACUAAUUCCUUUUAUCAAGCGCAGAUGCUGGAAAACAUGGAUAUUGGAAGAUUUUAGGCUUUUCUACUUUUAGUGAAAUAUAGAAUGUAGUGAUAAAAGUGAGACUGGAAAGAGUGAAGAAUUUGGAAUAUGAGAACUUGGGUUCAAAUCCUAUAUUUUCUACUUACUUUACUAUCCAUUUGACCUUGGGCAAUUUACCAGUUUCCCCCUGACCUCACUUUUUUCAUCUGUAAAAUGAGAGGAUUGGAUUAAAUGGGCAUUGAAAGUUCCUGAAAUAUGAGCUCCUAUGGGAGAAAGUCCUUCUAGUCUUCUGUGAUAGGCCUGAUACCUUCAUUAAGAAUCAUCUUAUUGGAAGUAAAACCAUAGCUUAAAGGAAGUUACAAUGGAUGGAGAAGGAAUAUCUUCCUUUGAAUAAUGGGGAAAUAGUUCGUGUCCUUCAAUAUUUAUUCUACUUAAAGUAAAAAAAGCACAAUGAAACAAAACAUAAAAAACACACUGAAAAGGCAUUUAUUGACCAUUAAAGAAAAGAAAUGUUUCACUAGCUCAAGAAACUGACUCGAGAACUUUGAAAUAUUUUAACAAUGUCUCUGAACGUCCUUGUUAGAAAAUCUAAGGGAAAACUAUGACUAUAAUUAAUUGAAAAGAAAAUCCUAUUAUGCAAAUGUUGGUCAUUAUGAUCACCAUUUAGUCAAUAAUUCCUUAUAAAGACAAUUGAGGAAUGAAUGUAUUUUUUUCUAGUUGUUUUAAAAUUUGGAAGAUUAGAGCUUGAUAAAAUAACAGAAUUUUAAGUGAACUCCACCCCCUUCUCCCUGUCACUGCUGCCCUACCAAAUGAUAGAUCACUAGGAUCAAUGAUUACAUGAUGUCAUUUAAGAGCAACAUACAUCAAUUCAUAUUAGUAAAUUCUAUUGAAUGUCUACUUGUGGGAAGGACCCUCAGUGAGAGUGGAGACUCUCCUCUCCCACUUUGGUAGGACCACUUAGAGGCCUGCUUUGCACUGUGAAAUCACCUCUCGCUCCUUCCUCCAGUUGUUGCCCACAUUCACAGAGCGGCUCCAAGUGCCAAUUCCAGAGGAGAGAGAGCCAGCUCUGGGCUUCCUCCCCUGCAGCAAUCAGCCCUCCUGAGAGCCCCAGUCCAGGAAUGCUUAACUAUAGAACUCUCCAGACAAGGUUUCCCAUUUGGGAUCAUUUUGUUAAACCAAAGAAAACAUUUUGUUUAUGGAAUUCAUUUUAUAAAAUUGUGUGCUGUGUAUAGUCCCAGCAUUUUUAAUAGGAUGGAGAUACAGAAGAACCUCUAAGGUGUUUGUUUAAAGAUGCUUUUCCUUUCCCCCUUGGUUUGUAUAUACUGUAAUUUUCUUAUGUGUAAAUACACAUGUAUGUAUGCAUAUAUUUAAAUUGAAAAGCUACGAGUAUGAGUAUCAUAAAUGGAUGCAUUAAGUAUAUCUGUACAGUUCUAAUAGCUACAUUUCUCUCAUAGAAUUUUCACAGAUGUAACUCCUAGAGAACACAAGUAAUUUUAAAUUAAAAAAAAACACAGUAAAUUUGCCCUGUCUGUAAUUAUA